UUUAACUUUUGAACAAUUGGGCAAAGCGACAAUGGAUGAGCAAGAGGAGAAUAGAACAAAGAUGGAGAGAGAAACACAUGAUGAAGAAGAAGAAGAAGAAGAAGAAGAGUACAUAUCUCAACCAGACCCGAUUCCACUCGAUCUAAUCUUGGAGAUACUGUCAAGACUUCCUGCGAAAUCGAUUGUGAGGUUUCUCUGCGUAUCAAAACUCUGGUCUUCCUUCACUACGGUUCCAAGUUUUAUCAGCUCAUUCGCGAGUCGGCUACGUCGUCUUCUGCUCACCUUCUUCAAAAAGAAAAGGCGAUUCGUUUUCUCUUUGCCUCAACACGAGAAUACUGACGGGUCUUAUUCUCCGGUAUACAGUUACGAGAUGCAAGACGCAAACACUUGGAGACGGCAGAACUGUUAUAAAUCAUCAGCAUCCGUCCAGGGGGUUAUUCUCUUCAAAAGAAACGUGAUUUGGAACCCAACCACGGGACAGGUUUUACACUUGCCAAAGGCCACAAGAACACUCAAGAUACGGGGACAGUUUUUUUUAGGAUACGAUCCAUUGGAGGGUAAAUACAAAGUUCUGCUCGUAAAUUCACAACAAAAGCAUGGGAUUCUUACAUUGGGAGCUCAAGAAUCAUGGAGAUUCAUACCCAAAGGAGAAACACUAUUAGAGAAGCCUUGUUUGAAGGAAUUUUUGGUGAUGAAUUCGGAUGCCGUUAUGGACUUGGUGACUACAACAGUAAGUACAGCAGUACAUUCGACUUGGAUGUGUUCCCAAAUCACAUGGAGAAUUUUGUGUCUUUGUUGUAAAUUAGUAGCGCCCUUCAUCGCUAAUGUCACAGUGAUUUCCACACCAUUGUUAACAUCUUAGGUACUUAAGUUAUGUUAGUUCAGAGACAAGCAAGGUAUGGAAGAUCUCAUUACUGAAAUUCUAUUGUAAGAACACUCAUGGGAUAUCGAUUCUGGUGUGUGCAUGAGUGUUCUUUAUUCUGUUUUCGCUAACGAAAUAUUGGUUACUCUUCUGGAAUA